AUGCCUCUCCCGCCCGCGCGCACGAAUUGGAUGUUGCUGGUGCGCACCAACUCGGCCAACUUAUCGGAUUCCGAAAGAAUAACGAUCGUAGAUAUAUUCACGAGUCCUUGCGCAUUGCAUUGCACGCCCUCCGCAGACUUCUGCUCGAAGCGCCCAACGGCUUACUAGAGAAAUCGGCUCUGGAUCCGCGAAGAUGCAAAUGAGCACCGGCAGGCCCUUUGAGCCGCCAUUUACAGAGUCUCACAACGCCCGGGAAUAA